AUGCAUCCAGGCCCCAGGCAGUCCACGUGCAGCAAAUGUGGAAAAUCCUUCAGCCACAAGCCCGUCGUUAUGUAUCCCCGGGUUCGGCACCACGGUGGGGAGAACAGCCACGUGUGCAGUGAGUGUGCGCAAUCUUUUAGUCGUGGCUCGGCGUUCGUUCGCUAUCGGAGAGUUCACACUGGAGAGAAGCCUUACAAGUGUACCUACUGCGCCAAAUCCUUCACCUCUAUCGCGGGCCUCGGUUAUCAUCAGAGCUCUCACACGGGGAAAAGACCUUACGUGUGCGGUGAAUGUGGGAAAUCUUACAUCACGCCUAUGGCCCUUCGCUGCCAUCACAGCGUUCACACCGGGGAAAGGUCUUACGACUGCAGCGAGUGUGGGAAAUCCUUCAAUAACAGGUGGAAGCUCGUCCGCCACCAGAGAAUUCACACGGGAGAAAAGCCUUAUGCGUGCGGCACCUGUGGCAAGGCUUUCACCAACAGCUUCACCCUGCGGUAUCACGAGCAAGGCCACCUGGGGAAGAGGCCUUACGAGUGCGGCGAGUGCCGGAAGUCUUUCACCACCAGCUCCGGCCUGCGCUACCAUCUCAGCAUUCACGCCGGAACGAGGCCGUAUAAAUGCAGCGAGUGUGGCAAGUCUUUCAUCUGUCGCUCGACCUACCAUUCCCAUCAGAAAACUCACUCGGGAGAAAAGCCCUACGAGUGCAGUGACUGUGGGAAAUCUUUCACCCGGCGAAGUAGCCUCCUUUAUCACCGGAGAGUUCACACUGGAGAAAGGCCCUUCGCGUGCAGUGAAUGCGGGAAAUCGUUUACCAGGAUCUAUGCCCUUCAUUGUCAUAAGAGAGUUCACACAGGGGAACGGCCUUACGCGUGCAGCGAGUGCGGAAAGUCGUUCCCCACCAGCAGUAGCCUCGGAAAACACCGGAAAGUUCAUCCUGGAGAAAGGCCUUACGAGUGCGGCGAAGCUGGGAAAUCUUUUGCCGGGAGUGACAUCUUCUGUUACCAUCAGAGGGUUCACGCGAGAGAGAAGCCUUUCAAAUGCAGCCAGUGUGGGAAGUCUUUCUCCUCCGGUGCCUCCCUCCGUUACCAUCAGCGAGUUCACACUGGCGAACGGCCUUACGAGUGCAGUGAAUGUGGGAAGUCUUUUAUAUAUAGUUCCAAACUCCGCUAUCAUCAGCGAGUUCACACUGGCGAACGGCCAUACGAGUGCAGUGAAUGUGGGAAGUCUUUUAUAUAUAGUUCCAAACUCCGCUAUCAUCAGCGCGUUCACACGAGCGAAAAACCUUACAAGUGUGGCGAAUGCGGGAAAUCUUUUAUCUACAGCUCUACCUUUCGUUACCAUCAGAGAGUUCACACUGGUGAGAGGCCUUAUAAGUGCAGUGAAUGUGGGAAAUCUUUUAUCUAUGGCUCCAAACUUCGUUAUCACCAGCGAGUUCACACUGCUGAAAGGCCUUAA